AUGGUGUACACAUCGAGGGCACUCCGGUUUAAACAGGGCUUUGGGAAACUUGAGUUUUACUUUCGAGUUCAGUGCCGCGAGGAAAGGAUAUGGACUUACGUGUGCCUUCUUGCCUGGGUCGGGGACCUUUUGCUGACUUACAGUCUCUUUGUGGACAAAACGUGGGGCUGCUGGGAGGCGGGUAAUUCAACUCAAUGCAAUCUUGACUACGGAUUCGAGUGGCCGAUAGACUCUCAGCCAGCUGGAAUUACUACGGCCGUUGUUUUUGCAACCUGCGGUCAGGCUCUGAUCACGAUCGCCUGCGCCAUUCAAGGUUUGUCCAUGCUGUCCAUGCUCUGCGUCCAGCCAGCCUCUUUCUACGUUUUUCGAGCUGUGUGCCUAACAACGGGUGUCUACCUCCUUGGAUUCUCCCUGAUGAUUCACGUCAUUGUAGCUGAACGAAUCAAGAUGGACUUCUACAAACUCGUCACCAAUUAUUCAAGCGGGCUGUUGCUUUUUCUCUUUGGCUGGUCGUUAGUUAUCGUAGCAGACACCGUAGACAUGGUUGGAUGCGUUUUGCCAUACGCAUUGCAGAAUCCCACUGAUAGAUAUAUUUGGCUGUGGCUUCAUCGCCAUUACAUAUUCUACAAAUAUCGUCUUCUGUAUGAACGGUACCGGAUUGUGCCAAAGAAAACUAAUAUAAACGACUUAGAGCGUGCUAAAAGUAGGUAUAACUGA